GAAUUCACGUAUUUCAGACUCCAUUUUUGUUGAAGAAGUGCUGCCGGGAGUGAUUUGAUUUGCCAUGCCAAUAAUUAAUUGGCCAAAUCAGGGAAAAUGGAAGAUUCGAUCAUUUCUAACUAGAUUAAAAGAAAUGGAGAGGAAAGAAUAAUCCAUUUCCUGUCCUGAACACAAAGCAACUGCAAUAUUAAUAUCCAUCAAUCCCCACAGAAAAGCCUUUUGGACGUACAGCCUUACAAGAAAGGAACCAAACCCAUUGCAAUAAAGCCCCCAUUCUGCUCAGAAGAGACAUAUCAUAACAUAACCCCUUCUCCAUAUCUAUCAUUCAAACUAAUUCUAUCACAUCAUCCAUCCAGGAUGGCUGGAGGGCAGCUCAAGCCUGUUGCAGGGCUUCUUCUGUUCCUUAACUUGUGCAUGUACGUCAUCGUUUUGGGGAUUGGUGGCUGGGCAAUGGACAGGGCCAUUGAUCAUGGCUUCAUCAUUGGUCCAGGGUUGAACUUACCAGCGCAUUUCUCACCAAUAUUCUUCCCAAUGGGGAACAGCGCAACUGGAUUCUUUGUGAUGUUCGCUAUUCUUGCUAGUGUUGUCGGAGUUGCAGCAGCCAUCGUCGGAUUGAACCAUAUUUGGUUAUGGGACGCUGGCAGCUCGGCUGCUGCUGUCUCUGCUGCCAGUAUUGCCUGGACUCUUACACUUCUUGCCAUGGGAUUCGGGUGCAAAGAGAUCGAACUGCACGUCAGAAAUGCCCGCUUGAGGACAAUGGAGGCUUUCAUGAUCAUCCUUUCAGCCACUCAACUGCUGUACAUCGCAGCCAUCCAUGGAGGUGUCUCGAGGAGAAGAACUUGAGAAGAAGCAGUUUGCCUGAAGUGUGUGGUUUGUGUUUUGAGUGAUUC